AUGCCUCGUGAACAGCAAAAGAGAGGCCGCCGGGCCGAGAAGAAAGCUCAGAAGGAUGACGAAUCAAAGCGCAAAUUCGAUGACACACCCGAAGAACCCGUCGCAAAGCGCAUGAAGCCCUCCGACGGUGCGGACGUCGACGCCGACGUCAACGUUGCCUACGACCAGAAUGCGGAUUACAUUCCUCUCGACGGGGGUGACGAGCAAUAUGGUCAGCAAAUGGAAGGAGAACAAAAAGAGUACGAAGAUAAUGGCGAUAUGCCUUUCUACGGUCUGCUCGACACCGACGAACAAGAGUACUUCUCACGCGCCAACGAGAUGCUCGAGGCGAACCAAUUCGAGGACGCUGAACAGAAGAACUUAUUCGUGGAGAGUGUGUAUCGGGAGGCCAAUGGCAAAGAACUGAAGAUCGCUUGUAGUCAAGGCUGCUCGAGACUCAUGGAAAAAUUGAUCUCGAUGUCAGAUGUCCGACAAAUCCGACGAAUCUUCAGCAAGUUUAUUGGCCACUUCCUUCACCUCGUGCAGCAUCGUUUCGCCAGUCACUGCUGUGAGACCCUUUUCAUCAACGCGGCUCCAGCAGUUAUGCAGAAGACAUCAAAGGCACAGGCGAAGAAGGAAGAUGAGGAUGGGGAGGAGGAGCCGGAGCUGUCUCUGGCGGAGAUGUUCAUGAGCGUGAUUCAGGAGCUGGAAGGAAACUGGGGUUAUCUUCUGACAGAGCGAUUUGCGUCGCACACAAUUCGAGUACUUCUAUUGGUUCUUGCUGGAGAGCCGGUGGAUGUUGAAUCAAAUCAAUCAAUUGUUGCAAGCCGCAACAAAGAAAGAUUGGGUCUUUCUACACUGAACACAGGGGAGGAGAACAAGGAGGAUAAGGAAAAGACAAGUUCCAAGAAACGGAGCGUUCCGGAGUCCUUUGAACCUGCGCUCAAGAAGAUCAUGAGUGAUAUGGUUUCAGGUUUGGAUGAUGUCUACCUCCGCGCUCUGGCCACCCAUGCUGUUGGAAACCCAGUACUUCAGGUCAUGCUGACCCUUGAGCUCUCCCAUUUCGGAAAGUCCAGCGCCAAAGAUCCGAAAUCUAUCUUGCGCAGAUUGCUCCCCGAUGAGAAUGUCGAGGAGGGCACCGAAAGUGCAAACUUUAUCCGCGGUUUGCUCUACGAUCCGGUUGGUUCUCGCCUUGUGGAGACUAUGGUGCGCCACAUGCCUGGCAAAGUAUUCAAAAACCUGUACAAGAACAACAUCCGUGAACGUAUUGGGUCCCUUGCUCGCAACCAAACAGCAGGUUAUGUUGUUUUGAAGACACUGGAGCGACUCGGAAAGGAUGACUUGAAGGAUGCCAUGGACCUCAUCAUCCCUGAAGUCCCAGGUCUGAUUGAGAGAUUCAGACUUAUCGUUCCUCGCACUUUGGUCGAGCGUUGUGUCAUUCGUAACGUUGACACAAAGCCUUUUGCCAAGGCACUCAAAGAGGCCUUUGACCAGGACCCUUCAAUUCGUCUUCGUCAGAUGCUUCGACUCGACGCAUCUCCUGAAGAGAUCCAAAACCACGAAGAUCAGGAGAUGCAGGAUGGAGGGUAUGAAGGCCAAAAUGAGCACAGGAAAAAGCCGUCAUCGACCUAUUCUUCAGAGAAGCUGCAUGGGUCAUUGUUCGCACAAACGCUUCUGUCUGUUCCAGGUCCCUUAAGCGAUCUCGUCUACAGCGGCUUGCUCGCCCAAUCUUCCGAGACAAUUAUCCAGCUUGCACAAGAAUCCACAUCGUCUCGUGUCUUGCAACAAGCUUUGAAAGCUAAGACCUCUACCACCCAAUUCCGGCGACAGUUUGUAACUCGAUUCCAAGGCCACUUGGUCGAGCUUGCUCAAAAUAACAGUGGAUCUCACGUGGUGGACUGUCUCUGGGAUGCUACAAAAGAUAUCUUCUUCGUCAAAGAGCGGAUGGCACAGGAACUUGUGGCAAACGAGAUGGUUCUGCGUGACUCAUUUAUCGGUCGUGCAGUGUGGCGUAACUGGUCAAUGGACCUGUACAAGCGCCGCCGGGGUGAAUGGGUUGGUCGGGCAAAGGGCCUUGACCAACAGCCUGGUUGGGCUGAGGGUCAGGGAGAGCGACCGAAGUCGAAGAUUGAACUAGCACGCGAGCGAUACGCUAUUCAGCAGGGCAUCCAAGAUGUUAGACAGGCUGCCACUGCUGAACAGGCUGCUGCUGCUGCCGAAAAUUGA